CCAUUUAAACCAAGAUUCGCUGGAAUCUUGAGCAUGGUUUUUUUCCGUGUGGGCUUUGCCCGCAGGGCCUUGGUUCAAUCCCGUCCCUUGCCGAUGCUUGGGAAGAUUCGUUGCUUCGCUUCAUCACAAGAAGUUGCUAAGCCAACGCCGCUUCAGAUGCGCAGGCUUUUUGUGAUCUCAGCAGUUCCUUUCAUUGCGUUCGGUAUUGUGGAUCAAAGUGUAUUGCUCUACGCAGGCGAUGCGAUUGACAAUACUUUAGGCGUGGCUUUAGGCCUACCAACGCUUGCGGCUGCGGCUAUGGGUCAAGUACUGAGCGAUACCUGUGGUGUUGCAUUUGGUGGUACAAUCGAGGCAGCCGCCUUGAAACUUGGUUUGCCCUUGCCAGGCCUGACGGAUGCACAGCAGAGACUUGGGAGUGUCAAACGGAUCUCCACGCUUGGUGGAGUUUGUGGCGUAAUCCUGGGUUGUUUCAUCGGUAUGGGCAACUUGUUGCUUAUAGACUUGAAAGCAGCUGAACGAGCAAAAAAAGAGAAAGAGUUAGCCAAGAUCAUGAAGACGGUAAUGGAAGAGGGUCGGGAAAUCCUGAAUUGCGAUCGCGCAACGUUAUGGGCUGUGGAGGAAGAUGUCAACGAGUUGUGGAGCACCUUUGCAGUUGGAAUUGAGGGCAUCAUGCGGAUAGCAAAAUCAGAGAACAGCUUGGCUGGCUGGGUUGCUUGUAACAAUGAAGUGGUAAACGUUCCCGAUGUCCAGCAGGAUCCCAGAUGGACCAAGACAGCCAAGGCAAAGUACACGACAAAAUCCAUGCUUUGUGCACCCGUGGUCCAGGAAGGAAAAGUUGUGGCUGUGAUUCAGCUGUUGAACAAGCUUGCAGAGGAUGGCGAAAUUAUUCCGUUCGAUCAAUCAGAUGAAAGGGCUUUGAAGAUGAUGGCAAGCCACACGGCCAUGUUCAUGUCGCAGCUGUCUUGA